GUAGAGGUUGCAAAGAAGAUGGGCCAAAAACCAUCCCAAGAAGUGACUCAGCAGGACAAGCCUGAUCUCAUUGCUGUGUGUGACAUUUUCAGUCGAGCUGUGGUCUAUGCUGCUCAGAAACUGAAGGACUAUCUUGGAUUUGAAGAUCCUCAAAGCAAACUGUCCCCAGAUUCCAACACACUGAAUGAGAUCUUUUUAAUUCAUUUUAUUAGUUUCUGCCACGAAAAUGGAAUGGAUGAGAAGAUUACUACCAAUAAAAUGACCAAGAAUCAGGCCUUGUUGUUUGGGGCUGAUUGGAUCUGGACCUUCUGGGGACCUCAUAAAGAAAUCCUAUUCCAGCUGGCUGUACAGACUUUACAGAUGUCCACAGCCCUCCAUAUCGAAUCCAAUCCCUGUGACCUGCUCAGCAAGGAAGCGGCAGUAGAUGUGCGUUCGAGGGGGGGAAAUCGGUUUGAGAAGAUGGAAGAAUUCUGUGAUUUGAUAGGUGAGGACUGUCUGGGUUUACUUAUCAUCUUUGGUGUUCCAGGAAAGCCUAAAGACAUCAGAGGAGUUCUCUUGGACAGUAUUAAAAAUGAGAAAAUUCAGAACUUCCUGUCAGGAGAAAAGGCUGUCAAAUAUUUUAUCUUAAACACAAAGAACUGUCUGUCUACCAAAGAACUGUUAGAAAACUACCUGUGUAAAAGUGAUAGACUGAAUAAGAUGGGCAAGGUUUAUAUUAAUUUUCUCUGAAUUUUAGAUAGGAUAAGUAAGCCAAGCAGAUAUGUCAAAGCAAAGGAUUUUAUUCUUUUCAAGCAUAAGAGCGUUAUUUAAUGAAGCCACAAAGAAACCUUCAGGUGGAAAAAAAAAACCUCUGCAUAAUUCCAUGUAACUUUUGUUCAUUUGCUUAGGA